AGCCACAUUUCAGCCGCUGCUCUGAGAAUUGAUCGUAAGCAGCCCCUGACAGGCUGUUAACUUUUCUACCAAAGUUAUGAUCGUCUUACUUUACUUGUUCAUCUUGCUGUGGGAAGAGACUCAAGGAUGGGGAUUCAAGAACGGAAUUUUUCAUAACUCCAUAUGGCUUGAACAAGCAGCAGGCGUGUACCACAGAGAAGCUCGGUCUGGCAAAUACAAGCUCACCUACGCAGAAGCUAAGGCAGUGUGCGAAUUUGAAGGUGGCCAUCUUGCUACUUACAAGCAGCUAGAAGCAGCCAGAAAAAUUGGAUUUCACGUCUGCGCUGCUGGGUGGAUGGCCAAGGGCAGAGUUGGAUACCCCAUUGUGAAGCCAGGGCCUAACUGUGGAUUUGGAAAAACUGGUAUUAUUGAUUACGGAAUUCGGCUGAACAGGAGCGAGAGAUGGGAUGCUUAUUGCCACAACCCACAUGCAAAAGAGUGUGGUGGAGUUUUUACCGACCCAAAGCGAAUUUUUAAAUCUCCAGGCUUCCCAAAUGAGUACGAUGAUAACCAGGUCUGCUACUGGCACAUUAGACUCAAGUAUGGUCAGCGUAUUCACCUGAGUUUUUUGGACUUUGACCUUGAAGAUGAUCCAGGAUGCUUGGCUGACUAUGUUGAGAUAUAUGACAGCUACGAUGAUGUCCAUGGCUUUGUGGGAAG